AAAACUGGCGGUGAUUCAGAGAUAAGGAUAUAUCUUGUAUAUAAAACAAAUUGUUUUGACAGAUUGCUCUUCAUUUAAUAGAUACUGUCUAUAUAUCAAAGAUGGAUCUUAUAUCGAAAUCAUUAUUGUUAUUUGUGUCAGUGACCCUCCUUGUUCAGGCGGCAGGAAAUAGUACCUCUCCUGUUAUUACUAAGUCAACUACAUCGAUAACAAUGGCAUCACAAACAGCUGGAGUGUCAGUAUCUACAGUUGGUAAUUCCACAUUACCUCCAGGAAAUCGCAAUUCUGCAACAAGUGUGUACAGCAUCACUCUGACCCUGCUGACUUUCAUCGUACUUACAAUGUCAAUGUAAGUCACCACAAAAGACAAUACCAAAACUUAUAACGAAAACAAUUACGAAUCAAGUUAUGGACAACUUUUUACAUCUUGCCUUUCAUGUUAGUACUGUUUGAUUGAUACCAAUACCUAAAAUUGUUCUGUUUUGGGUGUUUGUGAAUUGAUAUAAAGACCAUAUGAAGAGCCAGAAAAUGCAAAUCUAUGGUCCAUGACAUUCGCAAACACUGAGUACAGUCUUGGUAUCUGUUUGAAAUAAAAACAUUAUUAAAAUUGCAAAGUUUUGAUGGUGUCAUGUUUUUCUAUCUUACGUUUCACUAGUUCAAUUAAUAAAGAUGUGUACACAUGAUUUUUACUAGUAUGUCACCUGUGUCUUUGACAUCCAGCACUGACUCGUUUAUCAUCCUACAUUGUUUCGAUGAUGAAACUCAACAACAAAUUAAGGUAAUUUGGUACUUUGCAUGCAAUAACGUUGCAUUCCAUAUCUUAAUUCAGCAUUUUUCGACGAAUUAUGUAGUUUAUUACCGUUCGAUGGAUGCCGAAAACAAGACAGAGAAAACAUAAUAAAAUGGAAACUGCCGAGCGUCACUGCGGGUAAAAACUGUUACUUUCAAAUUUGAAUAACGACACAAACAAACAUAAGUUUCUUAUUUCUUAAUUUGAUGAACAUUCGUUAGGAAUAUAAUCAAUAUAUCUAACUUGCAUAAUAAUUCUGAUCUUUAUGUUUCCCUUGUACUCUGAAGAUCAUGUCGUUGACUUUAGAUUAUUUCUUGAUUAUCAAACCCUCAUUUUAACCAACCCCGAAGGAACUUAAUAUUAAUGCUUUAAAAGGCAACGCUUUACAAUUUGUCAGGGAAUAACCAGUUAAUCGUAAUAAGUUUCUUUGCAAUCUAUAGCAAUGGUUUUAACAGUUCAACUCGUCUCAAAAGUUUGUCGAUCGGAAUGAUGAAUCAAUAGGACCUCAAAUUUCUUUUGAGAGGAAUAUUGCAAUUAAACCAUUGAUAUAAACACCCAAAACUUGACAGUCAUUACAAUUAACAGCAGUUGUUGUAUGAAUGAUGCCUCUAUAACAACAACCAUCAACCUAGACUCAUCAAAAAACAGGAAUGACUGUUUAAUUUAAUGGGUUUGUAACAACGUUUUCAACCUUAUUUAAUCAGAUGAAGCACAUCCGUUUAUAACAUCAGUACAGUGUUUGAUGACAGCAUACACACACUUGGCACGUUUCCUAAAACAGCGUUCAUAUCAACCGCAACUGUACCUAACUGUGUUUUGUUACAAAUGCAUAAAACCAAUAUCGAAACGUUUGUUAUUAUAUUUCCACAUAUGGAUAGACGUUAGAGAUACAGUUUAAAGACACUUACUGCAGUUUCUUGUAUGAGAGAUGGGGCAAAAAUUUCCCAAUAAUAGAAUUUGUUCAAACUUGGCAUAUGAAAAUAGUUUCUUGUUAGAAACAGAAAAAAAACAAUUAUAGGUCACUGUGUUUGUUCGGGAGUGAUCUUCCCUUAAAACUGGAUUUUUCUUCCAAUUUGCAUAUACAAGGGUAGAUAACCCCUUAACAAGCAUUUUGUUUAUAACUCUGUUAUAAACAUGACACUGUGUUCAUAUACAAAGUUUUAACAAAUUCUAUUACUGGGAAUGUUUUUGUCUAAAACUGUCGCUUCGGAACCAUUCUCCAACUUUGUUUUAGUUCUUGACUUGUCAUAAUAUUGUGUAGUGGCAAAGACAAGCAAUUGUACAAGACGGAACGACAAUGUUUGGACUCAUUACAUUUCUGGUUCUUCGGGAUCAUUUAUGGCAAGCGAAGUGUCUGUGUAGUAUUACUUUGCUUGAGCCAGUGCUAGUGGGUCGCGAUGGAAUUUGCAUAUUUCCUUACCUGUCAUGAAACGUUUAAUCAAACCUAAUAUUAUAAAGUAUCACAACAACAGUCUUUAUGUGCUGAGCGUCGGUUGUAAGCAACGACUUCCCGUACUUGGACUCAGCGUUGUAACACUGUCCUUUGUUAUUUUCAGAAUGCCAUAGCGGUUGCACAAUGGUCUGUAACACAGUCUGCGGGCACUCAAUACACUUAUCUUUAUUUUAAUUCCAAAAUUAGCAUGUUAUUUAGGAUUUAUAUCUUUAUCAUGAUUAUUUCAAUGUACAUGUACAUUUCAUUUCAAUACAAACUAUGAUACAUAAUUCUUCAUUAGCGAUGCCUGUAGUUCUGCAAACUGUAUCAGAGGCUACCUCGAGUUCGGUCCACAAAAACUGUGACAAGAACAAGUUUUAUCUAGACAAACAUUAGAAACCGUUGUAAUAUAUGUUAUUUCCACAUGUACAAAACUAUUUGACUGCGUAUUCCAUAAAAUAACAUAAAGAAAAACAGACAUUGUAAUGCGCUAUGUAAAGCGCCUUUGAACGUGUUUAUCAUGAAAUGGGCGCUAUAUAAAUCUGGUAUAAUAAUGAUAACAAUAAUAAUAACACAACAUUUGCACAUUUUAAAAGUACUUAAAUACAAUUAUUUUGGAGACAUCCACAGUAUGGCAGUAAACAUUGAACAUUUGUUCCAAACAGCUAUUGGGUCAAUGCAAUUUAUGGCAUUAUCAAAUAUAAAUUGUAUUGAAUCAUACUGAUAAAAUAUUACUUAAUUAAAAAACUAGUGCAAAAAAAAAACAUCGCUGACCUCGAAAAUGAACUGUAGCGAUUCGUUAGAAUAAAGUAUCAGCCUAAUUUUUAUCUAGCCUACUUCCUCGUCUUGCAUACAACUGUUAAUAUCAAACGUGAUUUUAUCUGUAAGUUAUCUCAUCAAACUCGCUUUCCUUGUCACAAUUUAACCAGGAUUUCACAUGAAUAAAUAAACAAAGUUUAUUUCUUGUUUCAGACAGAAAUAUUUAUUAAUUACAAUAAGUAUUAAAAUCACUAUGUAAACAGUUUCCUAGCAAUCCGUUCUUGAAUGAUAAAGCGGCAUAAGAUAUACAUUGCAAAAGAAAUGGCUUCCUUGUUUGGCUUGUACUAUAUUUGAGGUAACCUAACCUUUUAUUUACUCACAAAUGUAAUCAGUUUUUGUGUGCAGGUGUUUGCUUUCGCGAUUUAAAACCUACAAUACAGAAAGACGAUCAAGUUUUCUCUUUAUCUUUUAUUCUUUAUCACUAAAAUAUUUUAAAGUAUGUUUAUAGACUGAAUAAUUAUAGAACGUUUUUCUUUGAGACUUGAGAAUAGCGGAGUCCUGCGCAAGGCCAAUCUUGUUUGCUGUACUUUCCAGUGCGAGUAACAAAUUAUAAUUCUUGUAGCCUAGCUAUUUUCCAUGACAACCCUAGUGAUACGAAUGAGGAAAAACAAUAAAGGGUAUUUUCUGAUAUCUCCCACGUCAAAGGUGGAGCAGAUAAUGUCAAACAUCGAUGACUCAGAGAUAACGCCAUGUCCGGUGUAUAAAACAACUGAUUUGACGUUUUGCUGUGUAUUGAACAGCUGCUUGUUAUCAAAAAAUGGAUUUUAAUUCAAAAUUUUUGUUGUUGUUUGCGUUGGUGGUACUAGUUAUGUAUACUGAUGGCGCGGUGACUACUGCGGCGACUGCUUCUGCUUCAAACACAACAGCAACAGGUGCAAAUGAUACAGAUGCGGCGCUAACAAGUAGCGCACCUGCAGCUCCCUCGACAACCAAACCUAAAGCGCCUAUACAAUGUGAUGUCGGUACAUGCGUUGGAGAUGAGCAAUGCAAGAACACAACGUACAGUAGUACGACCUGUUCAACUGGCAUAUGUGUGACUAUAAAGACUGUAACUGGUGGCAUAUCCACGUACCAUUUCAACUGUUCGAGCGUGGAUUGUGCAGCUGAUCAAGCACCUACAGGAGCAAAUGUCUUCUGCUGCGAGAAACCAAACUGUAAUACAUACGAAUCCUUUCCAAGUUCUGCUAAAAGGUUGUACAGUAGCUCAUCAGCCAUCUUGACUAUGAUAUUAUUGAUUAGUUUUGUGUGAUAUCUAAGGGUGAAAGCAUCGCAGCUGUAUUAGCUGGAAUAGUAUUUCUCUGUCUACACGACUCUAAAAGAUGACAUCUACAAAAAGAAAACUAUAAGAUAUUGAUAAAAUAAAACUAUCUUUCAAAAUAUAAUAACAUAAACCAAAUUUCUAUAUCUAAAAGGACAAUAGUAACUAUUAUUGUUAUUAUUUCAAUUUAGCGGCUAGCAUUAAAUAUGUGGAUGAUUGGUAUAUUUGUUUGAUUGCGUUAUGUGGUUGUUUUUGUGUUUGUAAAUUGAUAAAGAGACGUGAUAACUGGCUAGAAAUAGCACAGGUAUGGUCGAAUGACAUUCGCAAACAUUCUAAAACAGCAAAAAAUCACAUUAGAAUUGAAAUUGAAAUACAAAUUUUGUUGUUAUUCUU